AUGCCGAUCCUGGAGAGAGCUCAUAACCUCGUCAUUAAUGGCGGGACGUUCAACGACUUCUCAUCGUCCCAUGGACUAGAACCGCUCGCCUACCUUGAGCAAUACGCUGCCUCUGGUGCGACCUACGAUUCUGCGGAGCGAUACCCCCCGCCACGAUGUCACGAAUUGACCCGGGUGCGCGUCCUGGGUGUCCUCAAGAGCUGGGUAGAACAACCGAGGGAGGAGAUGGACAAGCGUUCGUUCUGGCUCCAUGCACCGGUCGCGAUGGGGAAGACCACUAUCGCACAAACGCUUGCAGAGGAGUGCGAAACGAUGGGUAACCUAGGCGCAUCGUUCUUCUUCUCAAGGGUGCACCCUGAAAGGAGCAGAGCCAGACACUUUGUUGCGUCGCUGGCGCUCCAGCUUGCCGUGUCGAUCCCUCAGCUCAAGCCGCACAUAGAGGCGGCGAUCGUGGGCAACCCUACCAUCCUCUCCAAAUCGCUUCCGAUCCAACUCCAGAAGCUCAUCAUUGGGCCAUUCAUGAAUAUACCUCUCCUGAAAGAAGACAAGAUCGUGCUCAUCGACGCGUUGGACGAGUGCGAAGGUGCAAAUCCCGUUGAAGAUAGGGAGGGGGAACAACGACUCGUCCUCGAGCUGAUCCAAACCAUCCAAGAGGCCGAUCUCCCUCUCAAGGUCGCCAUCUUCUCUCGCCCAGAAUCGUGGAUCGAAGAAGCAUUCGAGGAUCUCGAAACGCUCGACGAGAACACCGAACGCUACGACCUCUUCAACGUGUCCGAAAAGUACGACGACGUCGAGCGGUACCUCCGUGACCACUUCCAACGGAUUCGGAAAGCAAAGAAGCACCGUCACGCCAUGUCGCAGAUCCAGGAUCCAUGGCCGUCCGAGCACAAGAUUAAAAAACUAGUCAAACUCUCGUGUGGCCAAUUUGGAUAUGUCGCCACCGUCAUCCGGUUCGUCGACGACCCGUACGGCAGCCCCCAGGAGCGCCUGGAGCUCAUCCUGCAAGGUUCCUCCGAGAAGUCGCAUAAAGCUUUGAAUCCAAUGCAGCAGCUCGAUGACCUGUAUCGCCGCAUUCUGGGGUCAUGUCCAAACCGUGAGGAGAUGAUGCAAGCGGUGGGCUGGCUGAUGGCUGCAAGGCGGCCUUUACUCGCCAGGCAUCACGCCGUUCCUAUGUACGACAAGGUUAUUGCCGGGCAACCUGGGGCCAUGACCAGGGCCCUUCGCGGGCUGCGCGCUAUAGUGCAUAUACCACCGGAGCGGCCAGACCCGACGCCAGUGGCCUACCAUAAUUCCUUUUGGGAAUUUUUGGAGAGCCCGUCCAGGGGAGGUGAAUUCCACUGUAACAGACAUUACUGGUUCGUCUUUGCGACUUCCCGGUGCCUGAAAUUUCUCUCUUCAAGUGCGUUUGCAGACUAUUCGGAUGGAGUAACUCGUUUGGCUGCUGAUCUUUGGCCUCAUGGGUUCUCUGCCCUCCUCGACCUAGUACCAGAGGAGAAUCCUAAGCACAAGGACCUUUGCCAAUUCUUCGUCGCUCAAUUUCUUCUUCGCGAUGUGUCUAUCGACUUACGCUUAGCCCAGUGCGAUCAUAUAGUUAACGCAUACGACGUCCUUGAGUCAAUAUUGCAAUCAGCUCGCCAUUUCCUCGAUCAACCAUCAAUAACGCACGAUUGUCUCUCUCACUGGCGUAAAUGCUACGCUAAAUUCCAUGAUGACUGGCUGGGGAAUAUGUCAUCCGAGGGCCGCCUCUACCUCGACCGUUUAUGCAGCUCAUUCUAUGCAUUAACACUCGACUCCAGCGCUCCCCAUGCUUUUGAAUGGCGUCCCACCCGGGCUCGGAUAAACCGUCCGUCAUCUCACAAAGUCCACUUCGAAGGAAGAGAUAUAACCUCAGUCUUGGCCUGUGGCCCUGGCGCAUACUUUUAUGAACCAGAAUCCACUUUACGACGCAUAUUGGCGCUCUCCCCUGUUGUAGCCAUUUAUCAAUGCCUUCCGACUCAGCUCCGCGGUAUUAUGGAAUACAGAUUCCAGUCCCUUCAGGUGUCACCAGCCGAAGUGUGCAAUCGGCUCUGGGAUCUACUCAUCAGAGUCGCAAGCCAUGAUUGGGACUCAACAACGACGCUCGAAAUCCAAUACGCAGUCUGCACGCCGCUUCUCCGUGCAAUGCUCACCCAUGUCUUCCUUUUGGACUCCACCGAAGGGCUUGACUUCCUCGCCUCUCCAUCCAAGGUCAUGCCAACCUUAAGAAGGGCCCAAUGCUUUCACAUUAGGCAUUUGUUCGACCACGCCAUCGUCGCGCUAAUCUUCCAAAAAAAUGUCGAGCUGGCGCUUGCCUUGCUUGACUUCUGCGACGCUAUCGAGCACCUUGUAUCAGAAGAUGAUAUGUGUGGACCGUUUGGCUCCAUAGAGGAAUACAGACCGCUGUACGAGAAGUUUCGAAGUGACCCUUAUGGUUUCGUCAACAAAUUUUAA